UCCCCUUCCGCUCCACUCUCAGCAUCAGCGGAAGUAGGCGAGAGGAGGGAGAUCGCCACUCUGCCAGCUCAGCUCAGGCCUUGCCUCUUGAACCACAAGAAACCGCAAUGAUCAUAACUUUCGACGUACCACAGCUUCAGGUCUGCAGCUGAUUGAUGAGGGGGAAGGAAACGGUGCAUUUCUGGGUAAUGAAAGGAUUAGGAACUAGGAAUUGAGGACACAUCAUCCAGGUGUCCAAGUGCCAACCAAGGGAUCUCCCACCUUCCGCCGUAACCAUGGGGACCAUGAUGAAGUUCCUGCUCUUGACCCUUGCCCUCUGGCUGCUGCUUCUUGUCUACAUGCUCGGUAACUUCUACACCGGGGACCCGUCCACCAAGUCCUCACACGACCUGGCGCGGGCGCUGGCUGAGCUGGAGAAGAUGAAGCAGCAGAACGAGGAACUCAGGCGAAUGGCUGAUGAGCUCAGGGUGUCUGCUCGUGACUUACACAAUGACCAGGUACAGAUGUCUCAGGAUGUGGAUAGAGUAUCACUUCUACAGGAACAACUGGCCAAGUGUGAAAGUGAUGCCAACAGUAAUAAACAACAAGCUCCAGUCGGUAGUCUGGAUUCCCCCAGCAAAAAGCACGAGCAGCUCCAGAGGAAGCUGGAAGACGGUGUGCGGGAGCUGUGGUUCCUGGUGAAGGCACAGCUCAAGCUGAUGAAGUCUGACUCACAGGCAUCCAGCGUCAAGGACAGGAUAGACAACCUGCUGACAGAUGUGGGGGAUCAUCAGAGGACCAUCCUGGCAGAUGCCCAGCAGCUGAGAGAUGCUGACGGAGGCUUGGCGUGGAGACAACGGGAGGCGCACGCCCUACAGGACCUGGUUCAACGGAGACUACACUAUUUACAGAAUCCCAAAGAUUGCAGCAAGGCCAAAAAACUAUUAUGCAACCUGAACAAGGGCUGUGGGUACGGUUGCCAGCUCCACCAUGUGGUGUACUGCUUCAUGGUGGCCUACGGCACGGAGCGUACCAUGAUCCUCAACUCCCAGGGGUGGAGAUACUCCAGCGGGGGCUGGGAGAAAGUCUUCCUACCACUUAGUGAAACAUGUACAGACCCAUCAGGGUCCUCCAGGGGGCCAUGGAAAGGUGAAAAGUCUAAGGACACCCAGGUGGUAGAGAUGCCCAUAGUAGACAGUAUCUACCCUCGGCCCCCUUACCUGCCUCUGGGGAUCCCUGAAGACCUGUCAGACAGACUGCUGCGUCUCCAUGGUAACCCGUCUGUGUGGUUCAUCGCCCAGUUUGUGCUGUACCUGCAGAGGUAUCAGCCUUAUCUCCAACAGGACAUCGAGGAGACAGCACAGAAGCUAGGAUUCAAACAUCCCAUUGUAGGUAUUCACGUGAGAAGAACUGAUAAGAUCAACACAGAGGCAGCCUACCACAGUAUAGCAGAGUACAUGGAGUGGGUGGAGGAGUAUUACCAGCUGCUGCAGAAAACACAGGAGGUCAAGAAGAAAAGGGUUUACCUGGCGACAGAUGAACCCAAUUUGUUGACAGAAGCUCAAAAACAGUACCCUGAGUAUGAUUUUGUGAGUGACAACGCCAUCUCCAAGUCUGCAGGGCUGAGCAGCAGGUACACGGACAGUGCUCUGCGGGGGGUCAUCAUCGACAUCCACUUCCUGGCUCACUCCGACUACCUGGUCUGCACCUUCUCCUCGCAGGUCUGUCGUGUAGCUUAUGAGAUCAUGCAGACCUUGAAGCCAGACGCAGCGGCAAACUUCCACUCUCUCGACGACAUCUACUACUUCGGAGGGCAGGGCGACCACAACCAAGUAGCCAUAGCCAAACACGAGCCCAGAAAUCAACAAGAAAUCUACUUAGAACAGGGAGACGAAUUGGGUGUAGCCGGGAACCACUGGGAUGGGUACUCCAAGGGCGUGAACAGAAGAACACACAAAAGUGGGCUGUAUCCGUCCUACAAGGUGGAGGAAAAAAUAGAACUGGUGAAGUACCCCACCUACCCAGAAGUGGAGGAGUCCAGUUAGCAGUGCUGGUAUGGAACUUGUAGACAUUAAGGGCCACACGGAGCAAAGUUCCAGAAUAUCAAACAUUCUCAGUCACAUCAUGUUAUCUUCCAGUCUCUUUCCAGGAUCUUUGACUAGUUGGAUGACAUCUACAUGUUUGUUAAAGCACAGAGAGAUUGCAUCUGAACUUGUCAUCUGAGCGGGUAACUAGACUGUGCAAAAUUGCACCAAAAAAUUGCACAAACUUGUGAACCUGCGGUCACUGAUUUGCGGCACAUUUGCAUAUAAAGCCCAGAUGAGCAGGUUAUUGGAAAUUGCAGUGUUGCCACUGAAUUUAAGAUAUUAUAUUAUGCGCCCAUUUGUUUUGGAUUGCAAAUUUUGUUACGAUCCUAAACAAAUUGCAAUUUCAGGCAGCAAAUCUGUGUCGACUGACGCCAAUUGCAAAUGUGAGACACCCACCUUACAUUGUGUGCUCAAGAGUGACAGGCAGAUGUAAUGACUGGUUACAUGGUUUGCUCUGUACAUUUAAUGUAUAAUGUCUAGUGACAGGAUAUUUUCAGUCAAAGCACCCAGCACAUGUAUAGCCACCAGGAAAAAGAGAAAAUUUCUGUGAUGAUUUUACCUCCAGCCUGUGUACAUAUGGUUACUGGAGAGGGAACUGUAGUGUGAUAUCAGUAUUUAUGACACUUGGUGGUCAGUGAAGCUACAAAGGACAAGCCAUUAACACCAAUGUAAGAAAUCUUUAACAAUUGUUGUCGAUCUGAAAAAAUGAAAGACAUUGCCUAAUUGUAGAUAUAUGUGUGAUUCAAUGUAUAUGUUACUCAAAAUCUGUAGAGUAUUGUGGAAUUCUAAAGUCAUUGCAUUGUUGUGAUGUAAAUGUAAGCAUAAAGGUAAAAAGAUCAGCACUAGUAAAAAUCGAGUUUGUAAGAAUACAAAAUUAACAUGGCAUUCCUCUAAAGCAUGUCCCUGCAACAAAGUGUAAAACGUAAAACCAAAAUAUGACGAUGAGCUGUAUGAUGGAUGUUGUUGGUCUCAGAGAGAGAGAGACCUUUUCAAGUAUGUUGCUGACCACUUUAUCCUCCUGUGAGUAGUUGUUUACCUUUAAGUGGGUAUCUCAUUGGACCAUGUCAAAAGCCCAGAUGAGCAGGUGUGCACCAUUUUGUGCCAAUUUGUGAAAUUUUCUGCAUUACAAACCUUUUUAAAAGGUUGCAAUUUCAAAUGGUUGAACAUUGCAAUUUCAAGAUUUGCGCAAGUUUGUGAAUGCCUGGCACAAUUUGUCACAGACAUGUUAGGUCCAGUGAGAUAACCACUUAUUCAAGUAGUUUGUGUCGUUUCAAGUUCCUAUCUUGCAUACAAUAUUUUGUCCAUCUGCGAUUGUGCUUUUAUAGUUAUGUAGUAUUUGAUAACACCAAAUCAUAUUUGUGCAGAGUCUAUAAUUGUAUCAUGAAGCACUCAGUGUUUUACAUUAUGUAGAUUCAUUGCCAUUUCAGGUGCUAAUGAUAGUGUAUUAUACAGCUAAGGAAAUUUUAAUGAAAAAUAAAAAAAAAGUUAUUAUAUGUCAGUUUUUACCAAUGAAAAAUAAAAUUCCACUAUUGACAGCUUAAUAGGUUGUGUUACAAAAUAAAGAGAAAUUAUACAGGUUUAUUUAUUGAUCAAAAGUUUAUCCAUGUCAUUGAAAUGUGUAUAGUAGAUAACUAUUCAAUUGUAAUCAAUUUUAGAUCAGUGUAUGUACAAGAAAAAUUACCAGUAGAUACAGUUGAAAGAUGUACAACUAUCUGGCAACUACUGAAGAUGUUUAACAUGUGAUGAAUAGACACAGUAUCGUAAUAAUAAGUAGAAGCAAAAAUCUUAGUGACCACUGAGCACUCACAGUAAAAUGUACAGAUCGAAGUUCACUCAAUGAUGUGAAUUUGUACUGUCGAAUACUCUAUCAUAUGUACUUUAUGCUGAAGGUAAGACAUAUACUUCAUUAUCUUGACAUUGAUAUGUACAUGUAUUUUGUAAUUUGACACCUUAUAAGUGUUAUCUGUUCCAGUUACAUACUGGUGAAGUGCCAAAUAAUGGGGCAAAGGUAGAUUUGAUGAUACAAUUUGUAGGUCAAUAUCUGUCCGUCCACUUUUUUGUAUGCAAACAUUUGCUGUCCAUAUAUGCUUUCAACAAUCCUGUAAAUACAUUUAAGUUUGCAGCGGGUCUUGUGUUCCUGGUUUUCACUGGAACCUCUUUAACUAAAACUCAAAAUAACUGCAAAAAUUUUUGUUAUGUCUUUGGCCUGCCUGCCCUUACUCUAAGUCCUAUAUGUAUUAUAGAGUUGCUGGUAGGAGUUUUCCAACUGGAUGUCCAUAAAGUCUUUCCAUUACUAUACAGUAUGGGCCUCAAGUGCUAUCGCAAACUCAAUAUUUGAACCCUUCAUAUUCUCCUUACUGCAAAAAAAAUCGCUGCAAACCUAAAUGUAUUUACUUUAGCUUUGGCAAAACAAAGAAGAUGUCACACUGCAUCAGAUCUCACCAGGCAUAUAGAGUGUAGUGAUAGAAUACAGAAGCAUAUCAACUUGCUGAUGAGAAUGCUAUACUGCACCAAUUAUUUGUUCCCAAUGAAGCCACUCAGGAAUUUUUUUCUAGGAAUAUUUUGCACCUCCAUGGAUACCACUAGAAGAUAUCUUUUAAUAGUGUGUUAGAUUCUAGCAAUAUGGAACACUUCUCAUGAUGUAUGCCAGUGUUAUGAACUGAAAGUGUGGAACAUUAAUUUUGUGCUCAAUGAAGCUGUUGUCACUUGUUAUACUCCCAGAAAUGCAAUAAAGAAUGAUUAAGUAUCUGAACUGAUCACCUGCUUUCAUACCA